AUGGCAAUAUCGCUUGCUGAGCACAUUCGCGCACACUAUCAAGUGGCCGAUAAUAUCGAGAAAACUCGUGCGAAAGCACUUCUCGGUGGUGACGAAGAAAGAUUUGAGGGUCUGCUCAAACGAGGAAAGUCGACGGCUCGUGAGCGUAUUGAAUUACUCAUGGAAAAGGGCUCGUUCAGCGAAUACGAUAUGUUUGUCGAACACACUUGCACCGAUUUCAACAUGCAGAAACAGAAAUACUUUGGAGAUUCUAUCACUACUGGACGCGGUCAUAUCAAUUGUCGCAACGUGUACGUAUUCUCAGGAUUUCACAGUUUUUGGUGGUUGCUUGUUGAUAAGAUCACGAAGGAGGCUCCGACAGUGGGAGCGCCACUCAUCGGUCUGAAUGACUCCGGCGGUGAUCGAAUCCAAGAAGGAGUAGAUUCUCCUGCUGGCUAUGCUGACAUUUUCUUGGUAGGCCUUGAAGAAGCCUAUGGACUUGAAUCGUGCUUCAUAUGA